GCACGGUUAUAUGAUGCAACCGUAGCUCGCUUUUUGUUAUUUUUGGAAAUUUUCACGUUUUCCUUUAUCUUUUCCAUCAAAAUGAAUGACGAUGUUGAUGGAAAUCUCCUGAUGGAGGUGGGUAACUGCUUGUCUCAGUUCGAUAGCAAUGUUUCUGCGCUGCUUCAAAUACUAAACCACGUGACAUCUGAAACGGCUGAGUACCGACUGUUGCAAGAUGAUAUCCGUCGAUUGGAAUCGGCUAGCCAGAUUAUGUGCACUUCUUUGGAUCGAACCUUCACAAUAAUUUCCACCGUUGUUAAUGAUAUAACGGACAAAACUGACGAAAAUCAGCGCUUGAAAGUUCAGCUUAGGAACGCGGACCAAAAAUUGAACUCACAAGAGAGACGCAUCGCUGAGUUGGAGAGCCAACAAGCAACUAUUAAACAAACCUUCCUUAGCCAGGCCCUGGGACAGUUCGAGUCUGUUUCCUGGAUCGGUUGCACCAUGGGAGCGUUGCUGUGGAAGUUGUGCAAAAAUCACGAUAGCGUUAAGUCCACCAUUGGAACGGACUGCUUGCGAGAUUUCCUCGGGUUGGCCAACUGCGUGCUGAGUAGCUUUGUAGCACGCCAGUCUUCCGGUUUGCAAAUAUCACCCGAAACGGAUGACUAUAACUUCCUGGCAUCGAUCUGUGGGGUUCUCACAAAUGUGGCAGCCUUCCCGGAAGGUAGAGUUCACUUGUCCGGAGAAACGGAUGGGCUACUUUUGGUAAACAGUUUGCUUCAUGCUAUGGACCUGUUCCAGAUGCCAGGCGGCCGAGUGUUGAAGCGAAUGUCUUUGACAUUCGUUUACAAUAUUUGUUUGGAGGAGAACGGAGCGCGUUUUGUUAUGAGUGACGAAAAUCGACUGAAAAACGUUAUCAAAUGUUUAAACCCUACCAAUACCGAGGACAUUCUGGCACUCUCAAUCGGUCUGUUAAUAAGAUUGAUCAAAAGUGCACCAGACUAUCGAGAGCGAGCGGAAAUAUCGCAUAAAAUACCGAAAGCAAUCGUCAAGCAGAUUGUCCGAAUCAACAAUCAACAGCUCAAAGAAACGGCUGAACAUUUGGUGGAACUCAUAGAGUACGAUUGGGUUGAAGCAGCGAUACGAAAAAUGAAACAAUCCAUUUGAAGUUGAACGUUAUAGUAGGUAUAUAUUCUGUUUCUCUUACUUAUAUUUCUCACAUAAUGGCGGAAUAACUGCGUAUUUGGCGCAAAGGUCCGAGUGACCUUUAAUUACUCCGAUUUUUAUCUGACUAAUAGUUAGUUUUUUGCUAAUAACCAAUUGCUUCUUCUUUCCAAUUAUUUGAGGAAACAGUUUAAGCGUAGAAGCGUAGCUAAAAUAGAAGAUUCAAAAUAUUAUUAAACCUCCCUCAAAAAACUAUCCUUCUAACUUACUCUUUCAAUUUGAUAACUUGAUGUUUGGAAAACUGGGUGCUGAAUACAAGGUCGUACAAAGCAUUUCCGGAAGCGUAUCGUUUGAUUGCCAAAAAGAAUGCUUCCAGAGGAAUCUUUUGCGGACCUUGUGGUUCCUCGACAGCUCCAAGACCAGAUUUGUCCGUCUUCUUUUUGACUCCUAUCGGUUCCAAAAUGCCAUUCUCGCUGGCACCCAGGGAGCCACCGGUCCAACCUUGCUUCUGAAGCAUCUGGAAACCAAUGUUCCCCUCCUUUAGGGCAUUGUCCUUGAACUUGUGUUUAUCAUUCGGCUGAUUUGCUAUUAUCUUUUGGAAAACAUUUCUUCGAGUGUGAAAUUCCUUCAAUCUCUGAAAAGAUGAAAAAUGUUCAAAUUAUGAAAUAGUAUAUUUUCAUAAAUCCUUCCAAACCUUGACGGUGUAGCAAUAGUAGUUUAGGAUUUCCACCAACUUGUUACGAGCUUUGGUGUGUGCUUCUUGUUGUUCUCCAGAGGCCUGGCAGAU